AAAAAAGUGUAACGAUGAUGAAGGUGCAGUUGAUCGUGUUGGCGCUCAUCGCCGCUUGUGUGCAAGCUUAUCCUCAGGAACGUCAUGCAGCAGACGCAGUGGUGGCUUCCGCAACCCCGGGCAGAGCCGGUUACGAGGACUCCGAAGCCGCCGCAUCGGAGGUAGGAGCCGAGGAGGCCUACGACGACGGCGACGACUCGGACAUGUACAUGGAGCCGGACGGGGCCGAGAGCAGCCACGCCGAGCAGCAGCAUCAUCGAGCAGCCCUCGUCCAGGCCGGCGAGCCCCAUCGCAUGACCAUAGUCGCGGUGCACCCGGUGCAAACGUCGAUCCACGUGACCAGCAGCGAGUCCUCCGAGUCGAGCAAGACGAGCGUCAAGGAGCCCGAGGAGAAGAGCCUCGAGUCCGACAGCCAGAAUCUGUUCCCGUCGUUCGCCGAGCUCUUCGGCAAUCAUCGCGGCAUACCGUUCGGCGGUCCGGCGCCGGUGGCCGGCGGCGACCAGCAUCAUCAGCCGCAGCAGCAGCAGCGCUACCGGCCCAGUAGCCGAUUCCUGGGCUACUUCCGCGACCGGCCCUACAGCGUGGCGGCCUCGUCGACGUCGGACGCCGAGGACCCGGCCGCCCUUCUGGGCUCGGGCAAUUUCGGCGUGAUCCGCGGCGGCACCUACUAUCCCGAGGACAAGGAGGCCGACGAGUACAGCAUCGACGAGUCGGCCUACAGCCCGUUCUAUCACGGCGGCGGCGGUGGCGCCACUAGGGGCCGGGGCUACUACAAGAAUCCCAAGCCGCAGCCGGUGCGCGGCGGCGACAUAUUCGCCAACUUCCGCGACUUCGCCGACAUCACGGCCCCGCCCAAGUCCAGCUUCUCGCACCUGUCGGUCGUUUACGCGGCCAAGAACGGCACGACCACCGGCCGCGGCUCCGAGCAGCCGAGAAACAUCAUCGAGACCCUGAGGAUGCUGGACGCCGAGGGCGAGGUCGAGGCCGACGCGACGACGGCCACGGCGACGACGACGACGACGACGACGACGACGGCCAGCAGUGCGCCCGCCAAGAAGCUCAGCAAGAACAAGAGCAAACUUCUCAAGUUCAAGAAGUACCAGGAGGAGAAGGCCCGAAAGACGCGCCCGAACCUCGAGCCGCUCCUAGCUCUAAGUUGA